CAUUUUUCUUCCCAGGUAGAUAUUAGGGAAUUCGGGAGUUACAGCCACAGCAGCAUGACAGCGUCUUGCUUUAAUACAGCCGACCAGCUCCCAGCUAUUCCUGCCGCCUCCCUCGCAGCUCACCUCUAACACCCCUCCGGCCGCCCGUCGCAGCAAGGCCAGUUUCGGGGACCCGGUCUCGCAGCAGCGGCCACCCCUGCUCUGCCCGGAGGGCUCGUUCAGGACAAGCGCACGGCCGGGGCUGUGCGGGAGCAGCUCCGGACCCGCUGUCCGCAGCUCCCGCGUCCCGGGGCCGUCCCGUGCGUGCGAGCGCUCGGGGAGGCACCGCUUGUUUUUCUACCGCCUGUUCCAGAGGAAUCCAGCCGGUCGGGGAGCGCAGCGCCGCGAUAGAUUCGAGGGCUUGCUCCUUCGCACUCGCUCGCCCGAAGGUCUCGCCGCCCGGAGGGAGGAGGGAGAGCGGGAGGCUGCGCUCCGCGGCGGCGGCUCAGCGCACCCAGAGGAACUACAGUUUAGCGGCAGACAGUUGGACACGGUGAUAAACCGAAGAGUGGCCAGCAAAGAGCGGGCGAGAGAAACGAGAAAGCACAAAGACUAAACUAACGCGAGCCGCCUCCACCUCCUUCCCCGGCUCUUUAUUUGCAUAUUUACUAAAGACUUUAGGAAAAAGAAAUAAAUAGAGAAAAAAGAACCCACCAACACCCCCCACUCCACCAAAUCGGGAUUUUCGGGCCGCCGGGGGUUCCUCCGUGCCGCCGAGCACGCCCAUGCCUUAAAUUUCCACUUCAAGGAAUAAGCCCCCCGCUCCCCUGAAAUGAAAUAAAACCAAUAAACCUGCCAAGUCUCACUCAUUCCCGAGGGAGAUCUCCUUCGCACAGGGAUUCAUUUCGGAGGCAGCGGCUCGCUUUAUCUUUUUUCCGCCCUCCUUUCCCCGGCGGAUCCCCCCCGUAUCCCCCUCCCCGGACGUCCCCCGACCCGCUGUCCCCAGUCCGGCCGAUGCUGGCCCGACCCUAACGAUCCCCCCCCCUUUGCCCCGUCCUCCCGCUCUCCCCGAUCUGUCAGCCCCCCGCGGGGCCGUCACCGCCCGGGGGCCGGGUCGGGGUGGGCCGGGGGCGCGGGGCUGACCGCCCUCCGCCCCGCCGCCAGCCCCCGGCUCGGGCUCCCGCCGCUGCCCCCGCCUCUCCCCCCCUCCCUCCUCCGCCUAUCUCCAUGCGGCAGUGAGCACCGACCCAUCCGGAGGGCCAGGACCGGCAGGCAGCGAUGGGCGACACGGCUCCCCCCCAGGCCGCGGGGCUGGCGGCCGGGCUGCUGGGGGGGGGCCCGGCGGCGCCCCGUGUGCACAGCGCCAUCGUGGAGCGGCUGCGGGCCCGCAUCGCCGUGUGCCGCCAGCACCACCUCAGCUGCGAGGGGCGCUACGAGCGGGGCCGCGCCGAGAGCUCCGACCGCGAGCGGGAGAGCACCUUGCAGCUCCUCCACCUCGUGCAGCAGGGGCAGGGCGCCCGCAAGGCCGGCAAGCACCACAAGGCGCCCGCCACCGCCGCCGCAGGACCGGGCACCGCAGCGGCCACCGGCGCCGCGCCGCCGGACUACCACCAGCACCUCCUCAGCAACGGCGGCAUCAACGGCGAGCAGCCGGCGGGGGAGCAGCGCGCCUCGGCACUCCUGGCGCUCCAAGGCUCAUUGAAGAGAAAGUUGGUGGUAAAUCUGUCACCUGUCAACAACAAGAGGCCCAAUGGUGUUUCAGAGAGCUCCUUCCUUGACAUUAAAAGGAUAAGAGUGGGUGAUAAUGUCUCAGUGGGACAAGGUGGACAACAUGUUAACAAUUGCCAAAGCCAGUCAAUGUCAGGAACUAUGUCUGUGGGGCAAGGAUCACAAAGAAAGGCUAACAAUUUAGCAAACAAUACACAUGUGAGUGGGAAUGGCAUGUUUAAUAUGACUUUGAAAGAGGUAAAGAAAGAACCAGGAGAAACGAUGUCCUGCAGCAAACACUUAGAUGGACAGACAUCCCAUGAGAACAUGUUCCCUAACAGAUAUGGGGAAGACUCGUGGGAACAAAUGAUGGAUCUGGAACUUCAAGAGCUAUUUAAUGAACUGACUAACAUAUCAGUGCCACCAAUGAGUGAUCUUGAGCUAGAGAAUAUGAUAAAUGCCACCAUAAAACAAGACGAGCCAUUCAACAUUGACCUUGGACAGCAGAACCAGAGGGGCCCUGUGAGAUCUCUGCAGAUGGAUAAGAUGGUGAUAAAAAGUGAAUAUGCACCAGGCAUGAAUCAGGCUCCUGUGGGGUCCCCACAGAUGAGGCCUUCUUCUACAGGUCCAGCCUUCACUAUGGCCACCACUGCCAUGUCCACCUCUUCACCCAUCCCUUCGGUGCCUCAGAGUCAAACACAGGUAUCGCAGGUUUCUUCUGCAUCCAGUCGGCCACUGCCUAACUGGCAGGAGGUCUCUCAUGCACAGCAGCUCAAACAGAUUGCAGCCAACCGGCAGCAGCAUGCCUUGAUUCAGCAGCAGCAGCAACAGCAGCAGAACCAGACAGCUAACUGGUCCGCUCUGUCUCCAUCAGGACCUUCCCCUGGACCCUUCAUGCAAGAGAAAAUCCCCAGUCCUUCUUUUCGCCAGCAGCAGUUCAGCCCACAAAGCUCAGCAAUGCUUGGGGUACCAGUGAAUGGAAACCAGUCAAAAGGGAUGAACAACUAUGUUUAUAAACCAACCACUCCCCAGAGCAAUCCCAUGGACAUAAUUAUGCAACAGAAGCCUCAGGACCUCAACAGGAACUUUAUUAACAGUGCUCAGCCACCACUAGAGCAGCAUCAUGGUAACACAAAGCCUUUGUUUCACUUUAACUCAGAGCAAACAAACCAGCAGAUGCCUUCAGUUUUGGGUUCCCAAAACAAGCCUGCCCUUCUGCACUACACGCAGCAGGCACAGGGUUCAGCCCCUGUGCAACAGCCACAGCAACAGCAGCAACAACAGCCACAGCAGCAACCUGCUCAGCCUCUCCCGAACCAGUCUCUUCAAAGGCCACCUAACGUACCCCUAGCACUGCAGCAAAAAAUGAUGCUUCAGAAAAUGCAGCAAAGCCAGCAAAUCUCAGGUUUGCAGUAUCCAGUCUCUCAGCAGCACAGACAGGAUCAACACUCUGUGGUAGGCCAGGGAGCUGGCCCCACUCCAAGCUCCAGUUCUUGCUCAAAUCCAAACACUGGAAGUGGUUACAUGAACUCAUCCCAGCAAUCAAUGUUGAAUCAGCAACUGAUGGAAAAGAAACAGGCUCUGCAGCGGCAAAUGAUGGAGCAAAAACAACUCCUUCUACAGCAGCAGAUGUUGGCAGAAGCCGAGAAAAUAACUCCACAAGAUCAGCUGAACAGACACUUGACACGACCACCACCAGAUUAUAAAGACCAAAGAAGGAAUGUGGUCAACAUGCAACAAGCAAACCAAUAUCCUGGUGGCUCACCAGCAGUGAGUAUGAGCUCCAACAUGUCCUUAUCCAACCCAAUUUCAACUCAUAGCAUCAUGACCCAGAGCUCCAGCAUCAUGUCCACUCCUGCUGGGACCCGAAUGCCUUCUGUUCCUGCCAAUCGGAAUAUGGGCUGCUACGGGAACCUUCCUUGCAACCAACCAAGUUCAUACAAUGUGACUUCAGGAGUGAAUCAGAUGCAGCCACACAGGAACCAAAACCAAGUCCUGCCGGGUCAGAAUAACCCCAUGAUGUCUCGACAGCAAACCAUGGCACAGGGAAACAACGCAGCGGCUUUUGGGACGGGGUCGGUGGUCAACUCACAGCAAGUAAGGCCAACUUUGAACCAUGGAGCUACAGGUAUCCCUGCACAAAGGCCAGCCAACGUGAUGAUCACAGCUACUGCCACUGCCCAGAACUGGGCGCCGCAGGAGGCUGCAGUGAAGCAGCAGGAUGCACUGAAACCCGCAGGAGUCCGUUUCCCCACUGGCACUCCAUAUCCUAACCAGUCUUUACAACGCAGCGUAGGCAACCAGCAUUUUCCUCAGCGUGCACUGGCACCUCCUAAUCAGUUAACAGCGGGAGUCCAGAUGAGGCCUCCUCUAAACCAAAUGCAGCAGACUAUAAAUGGACAAUCCACUGGCUCACUACGAGGUCUCAGCUUAAGACCUAACCAGCUGAGAGGACAGACUGUGCCUACCUUGAAUCAGCCAGGAACGAGUAUGACACCUCCGUCAUCUCUGCCAUCAACCAGUUUCACAUCUACCAACCAAAACUCCCGGGCUUACCAAGGAAGUGACCAUGGCAAUGACCUAGCAUUUGACUUUCUGAACCAGCAAGGUGACAGUAUAGGACCUGCACUCAACAGUGACUCAGACUUUAUAGAUUCUUUACUGAAAACGGAACCUGGUAACGAUGACUGGAUGAAAGACAUCAACCUCGAUGAAAUUUUGGGGAACCACUCGUAAGUGACAGUACCAAGGGUCAACGAGAUGAAGAGGCAGAAAGGACAUUAGCUUUCUCUUUAGAUGCCAACAACCUGCUUUAUUAAUUUACACUCCAAUAACUGGGCUGUCCUUUAAGAUACCAUGCAGGGCGACUGCCCUGUUUGAAGAGUUGCUCUUGGGAUAAAACUGAAGUCUCCCUGA